CCGUCUUGGGUUCGAUCCGGCUCCGGAGUCGUCCCGGACCUCCUCCGAGCGACGUCGCGUCCGCUGACCCCCUUCCCGCUACAUUUGCCUCCUCCCAAGGCCGAAGCCGCCGGAUCUCGGAGAUGCUCUCGACCGAUGCUCGCGCCCGAUGUUUGUCCUCGCCCGGGCUUCGCCUCGGCGGCCCGGGGGGCCGCCCUCCGCCAUGGCGCGCGGGCCAUGAGGCGCCCGCGGGGAGCGCGCCGGGGCCCGGCGCUCGCGCUGCUGGCGGCCGCGGCCUGGGGCCUGCCCGCCGCCGCGGCCGCGGAGGGGCCAGCGAGGGCGGAGGCGACAGCUGGCCGCGGGCCGCUGGAGGGCCCCGCCGCGGAGGCCGCGCCGGCUGUCGGCAGGCGGCGCCUGUCGCUUCGCGUGAGCCGCGGGCGCGUGCUGCUGCGCGCGCUGGGGUACGGCGGAGGCCCCGUCGGGUCCGAGGCCCGACAACCAUCACUUCAUUAA